GCAUGGACACUGUCUCGAGCUUCGCCAAAUACCUGUGCUCCGACGACACUAUGGACGCCACGGCACAUGCCAGGUGAUGGUGUGCGCAUCGUCGGCCGCCAUGGCCCUGAGCUUUGAUGCCGGCGGCAGCCAACGCCAGCGAAACUUUUGGGCCCUGAUGACCGACCGCAACUCAGGUCCUGGCAAGGGCGUUGACGAGUUGAGCGCUGGCAGCGCUGUGCUGCCAAGAGAUGUGGCAAAGUGGAUCCGGGACAACAGCACCCAUCCGGUCAUCUGGCAUAUGCCGGACAGGAAGUACCGGUUCGCCUCCGAGCUGCACGCAGAAGCCGCGGCCGCCAUUUUUGAAGCAGUCCCAAUCGUGCUGUGCGAAAAAAGAUCGACUUGCGGGAGCGCUGGCUGCACGCCGACAAAUCUUGGGGUGGAUCCGUAG